CCCGCCAUGGCCACCCCGACCGCUCGCCAGCUCCCCCGAGCCGUCCUCCGCACGCGACACAACUACAUUUAUAACAACUACGCAUCCACCCGCCCCUUCUCGUCAUCGCGCCCCGCUUUUGAAAGCAACCACUUCCAUAGAAAGGAAUCGUUUCGUUCACGGCUUAAUGCAGCGCUCAAAAACACAAAAGUGAAAUGGGAGCCCAUUCCCAUCGCUCUGGGAAUUGGCUUCCUAGGCGUGUACCAGUUCUACCGCGUGCAGCGCAGAGAGAAGCACUCGCAAAGCCAGGCCGGUAGCGACACUGAAAACGAUGGUGAGGACCAACAGGGCCGCCCCAAGAAGCGUGAGCGUAUACGUCCCAGCGGGCCAUGGACUGUCCAAAUCAUGUCCACCCUGCCCCUCAAGGCCAUGUCGCGCCUGUGGGGACGCUUCAACGAGCUGCAGAUCCCCUACUACCUGCGCGUCCCCGGCUUCAAGCUCUACUCUUUCAUCUUCGGCGUCAAUCUCGACGAGGUGUCGGAACCCGAUCUUCACGUCUAUCCCAACCUGGCCUCCUUCUUUUACCGCACCCUGAAGCCUGGCGCUCGCCCUAUCGACCCGAACCCGAACUCAGUCGUCUCGCCAGCUGACGGCAAGGUUAUCCAAUUCGGCACCAUAGAGCACGGAGAAGUCGAGCAAGUCAAGGGCGUUACCUACAGCCUAGAUGCCCUCCUGGGCUCCAACCGCCCCUCGCAACCCACGCCCGCCGAUACGCGCGAACUGUCCGACCACACCCACACCAAGGUAGGCGCCGAAGAUAUCAUGCGCGCCGACGAGGAGUUCGCAAACGUGAACGGCAUCUCCUAUACCCUCCCGAACCUCUUCUCGGGCCCAUGGCCAAAGGGUAAAAACACCCCCGCCGAAAUGCCCUCGGACCAGGCCACCUCCCCCCAACCUUCCUCCGAAGCCGCCGUCCGCGAGGACCUUGCUCGCAGCGAAUCCUCGCGCCCAUGGUGGGCGCCGGCAUCUGCGACCACCCCCACCGCCCUCUACUACUGUGUUAUAUACCUCGCCCCCGGCGACUACCACCGUUUCCACUCGCCCGUAUCCUGGGUCGUCGAGAGUCGUCGCCACUUCGCCGGCGAGCUCUACAGCGUGUCCCCCUACCUUCAGCGCACUCUUCCCGGCCUCUUCACGCUCAACGAGCGCGUCGUCUUGCUCGGCCGCUGGCGCCACGGCUUCUUCAGCUACACCCCCGUCGGCGCCACAAACGUCGGCUCCAUCAAAGUCAACUUCGACGCCGAACUCCGCACAAACUCCCUCACCACCGACACCGCUGCCGACCGCGCUGCCGAAAAAGCCCGUGCCGCUGGUGAACCUUACUCUGGCUUCGCGGAAGCGAGUUAUGCUAAUGCUAGUCGUGUGCUUGCUGGUCAUGCGCUCAAGCGUGGUGAGGAAAUGGGUGGGUUCCAGCUUGGCAGUACUAUUGUGCUUGUCUUCGAGGCACCUAAAGGUGUGAGGCCGAGUCUGGAUGAGGGGUUCCAGGGAAAGCCUGGGGAGCGUAAAGGCGGGUUUGUGUGGAAUGUGGAGAAUGGGGGGACGGUCAAGGUUGGUGAGCCUAUUGGGUGGGUUGAUGAUGGGACGGGUGGUAAGAGUCAGUAAAUAGAUACACAGUUGGAAAACAUAGAAAGAGGCAGUGGAGAUGUAGGGAUAUGUAUAGUACACAGUUGUAGUUGUAGUAGUCAUUUGUUGUAUCAUCCAUGUAUACAUUCUACUUCCUUUCCAACAUGC